AAAAAAAAAAAAAGAAAACGUAAAAACCAAAACAAACCAAACCUAUUCCAGAGGGGAAUAAAUCGUGAAAAACCAAAUCUAAAGAGAUCGGAUACAUGACAACUCCAUAAUCCUUCUUUGGGAUGCUUUUUAUAGAGUAGUAUAGAUCUUACUAAUUUUAUAGUGUAGUUUCUCCAUCCCAAAAUGAUAUUUAAUAAGGAAAAAUUUUCGUUUACCGCCACCUGUCAUUCUUCCGUCAAACCGUUGACCUUCGCCCAAUAAAACCACCCAAAAAUUUUCGGUAACCCUCCAGCAUUUUCCCGAGAAAAUUACCCCUUUCUAUCAAAUUUUCCGAGAAAAUGAUUCGAUCGUCGUGAAAAAACAGAAAACACUCUAACCGGGCGACGCCCAGUACGAUGAGGUCGACCUAUGACCUCUUCUUAAACUUACAAAGUCAAAAGCUUUCCUCUUCAAUUCUUCUAUGGAAAAUCGAGAACAACAGGACCGAGACAAAGCCCUAAUUACCGACCCGAAGCAAAUUAAUGCAGCACAAGAACAUGUGAAAGUAAUUGAAUGGGAAGAUUUCGAGCAUGAGCUUGCUAGAUUGUGUAGUCUAACUUCUGCCCUAAAAGAAGCUAAUAAGAAGAAGCAAAGUCUUCAAGAAAAGCUUCAGUCUUUUGUUCAGGUCAAAACUGAGUCAUUGAAUCAACUAAAUGAGCUUGAGGAAAUACGUGACAGACUAGAGGCUAAAAAAGUGGUGAUGGAAAGCAUGUCAACUCGUUGCAAUGUUGCAACAGAGGAUGCUAAAAAACAGGAGGAAAUGCUUAGUACUGAAGUUAGAUCAUUGUUGGUUGCUGGUACCUCUCUUUCUGUAGCAAGGAAACGGUUGCAGGUAUCAAAUAGAUUACUCACUGAAGAAAGGGGUUAUAUUAAACUCAAAAACGUGCAGAGGAAGCUUCGAGCAAGGCAGCAAUAUAUGAUAUCACAAGUUUCAUUUCUCUAUCCUGUAAAGAUCUUGGUUGGACCCGCACAAGAGCAAGAACUUGAAUCCUAUCCAGGCAGUAGCAGACUAGGGAAUACUUCUGCAUCUAAGCCCAUUAAUCAAGGAUCCUUGACGAUUUUAGGUCUGCAUCUCACCAUGCUUCCCUUUACAAAGAUGAGUUUUUUCACUGACAAAAAGGAGGUUCAGAGAUCUGCAACUGCUUUAGGAUAUGUUGCACAUGCAGUUUCACUAAUUGCAUCCUAUUUACAAGUUCCCUUGCGAUAUCCUCUGCACUUGGGUGGUUCCCGCUCAUAUAUUAAUGACCAUGCGCCUUCAAUAGAGCCCACUUCUUCUGAUUUGUCUUGGAAUGCUGCGCUUUCUGCAAAUGUAAAGUCUGCAGAAUUUCCGUUGUUUUUAGAAGGUCAAGACACAACAAGAGCAGCAUAUGCGGUAUUCUUGUUGAACAAGGAUUUAGAGCAACUUUUGAAUUUCAUUGGUGUCAAGAGUUUAGGACCUCGCCAUGAUUUAGAGCAACUUUUGAAUUUCAUUGGUGUCAAGAGUUUAGGACCUCGCCAUGUACUAGCCAAUUUGAAGGAGCUUAUGAGGACUGUCCUAUCUUCAGAAUUUAUAGAUACCUGAAAUUUGAUUUACUAGGUUUAACUAUCUAUAUUUACACUGUAAAUGGACAAGUUUGUAUUCUUCAUACAGGUCAAGGGUGCCAAUUUUUGACCGAGCACCUUUCAUAAAGUCUUCUAAAGAUAACGUUUUGGUUGUUACACAACAUCAAGCAUAGUGGAUUUCCUUUUGAGUAUUUAAGGUUGUCAGAAUUUGAAUACUAAUCAUUAGAAUUAAGAAUCUAACACUCUAUUAACAAUCCUUGCGGCUGCUGGCCAAGCAUAAUGGAUUUUUAGAGAGCAGAAUGUUUGGUUUUAUGGUAAAAAUUCAAGUUCUAAUGGUGUUCGCCCCUAUCGGAAUUUGUUUGAAUGUAUGUUAAGAAGGUUUGGAAAAGAGAUUGUUGUGUAUAAAUGUUACAUGACAAUGAAGUUUUUAAACCUGAAUUAAACUUUGCAAGAUUAACGAAACUUUAUUAGAUUUUAGGUUCUGUGUGAUUUGUCAAAAUCAGUAUCCAUAAAUUAUAUUUUGAAA